AAACUUGCGUCCUCCCCCCAUGGCCUCUACUCGCCGGCAAGUCCCCGCUCCCUCUCGCCCCUCGGCCCAUUCGGGCACACGACAUGGGAGAUGGUCUCGCGACUCUCUCCGCCGCAAUCUCGAGCUCAUCGGCGAGCUUUCCGCACCCCUCCUACCCUCCACGCUCCCAAUCUCUCCUCCCGCAUCCCGUUCGGCUUCCCCUUCGCCAUUGAAGCGGAAGGCUGCUCCACCGCCUGCAGAAUCCAAGAAGCGCCUCCGCACAGAAUCCGAUCGGUCUUUGCCCGAAGAAGGCGAGCUUGCAGAGGAUAUGAAACCAAUAGCGUCCACCUCAGGCUCAUCGAUGCCUCGACCUGCUGUGGCGAGCAACGACACAGCAGCUAAUUCGGCUCGCGCACCGCCACUGCCGCCUGCCAGUCCUAGUACCGUUCCCGUCCGUCGGCCAAGGGCCGGCAAGAUCUCUCUCCGCCUCUGCGACAACCUUCACAAUCAAUAUCAUAACGCGGGUCGUAUGCUCAAAUACUCCGGGGACGCUCGCUUCUGGUCGACGUAUUCACCCUCCCACAAGGAGUACCGACCCCUUGCCAACCCUCCUCCACUGAACUCUCCAUAUUACAAGCACGGCGGUCUUAUAGCCCGACUGGAAUUGUUAGACGCUCUUGUGUGCUUCACGUAUUCUAUCUGGAACCGCGACUACAGCCGCCGAGUGUGCAACCGGGACACAUGGCAAACGAUCGAGGCGUUUUUGGUGUGGUGCAAGCAAAAAUGGCAAAGCGAAGAGAGUACACCAGAUGCGGAGAAGGCAUUUUUGGGUCUGAUCUGGAUGAUUGAGGGUUAUAUACACGGACGCAAACUCGUUUACGGCACGAAUCGGAGUUCAACAUUGGAACGAGAGCUAGAGAAGACGGUUGCGGUAACAAGAGCAUCUCUUGCCGCAGCUGCAGUUGAAGCGACAACCUCGGGGUCUGUAAACGGAAAGCCCGCUUCCAAGUCUGGUACUUCGCCCGUCAUGCUUCCCUCUCCAGCCAGCUUAGCUCCGAGCGCCAAUUCCACACCAACGAAUCGGGACGGCGGAACACCCGGUUCGAAUAUAGGAUCUGUUCCAUCGGCUACCGUUCCGGCCGCGACGACCUCGGCGCCCUCAACACUGCCUUCCUCGUUCCUCCCAGCUGAACUGCGGCACAUACCCAUCCCUCCGCAGAUUGCGGUUGCCCUGGAUAAUGUUUCCGUCGGGGUCAGCCCACGCCUGGUCGGCGAAGUCAAGUCGAUGUCUCAAGAGAUAGCGGCCGCUCAGUUCUGCUUGAACAACGCUCAAGCCCAUCUUAACCUCCCCAUUAUUGCGCGCCAUUUCCCAGUGACAUUUGCGAGAAUGAUAGGAAGCACGCUGUCAUUCAACGAGGAGCACGAACCUGAUUUCGAAGAUACCGAGGGCGAACUCUUCUGGCCGUCGCAUAGUCUGACAGGUGAAGGUUUGGGCUGGGUUUGUUUGAUGGGCAAGGCUAUGAUCAUGGAAUUCGGCAAGCCUUACUCGUAUCGCUCGCUCGAUGGUGUCGUCCCCAAACCAAAACCGGAAGAGGAGGCUGAAUCGGGCGGAGCAUUGCAGCCACAGACACGGCCGUCCGGCGCCACACCUUUGGGCUAUAACUCCCCCCUGUCCAUGCCGCGAUAGGCAUCUUCCUCAUCACGCUCCCACCGGAAACACAAGAUCGCGCCGUCUAGUCUCCAAGCACCGAAAAGCAGUCACAGGCAUCUUAUUCGACGCUGUUAAGCGAUCGAUUCUCUCUGCUCUGCUCUGCUCCAGUUCGCUCGCCGAAUGGAGUGAAUGUAUCCCUAGAGGCUUGCGGGCUCGAAACGGAUCCCGCAUUCAAAAUCUUCCCAUCCAAAAUUGUAUACCACCAUCUACUCGCAUCACACAUCAACUUGCAUCUCCACUGCUCUGGUCUAUCGUCGUUGCCACCUUUCCCGUACUUGCUUCUAAUUUCUUCGCUCGGAGGGUUUAUCCGUAUUUAUCCUGUACGACUGGUGGCCAUCUCAGCUCGGUGACAACCAGCACUGAGCGGCGGGCGCUGACACUGGUCCAGUCAUCUGUAACUGUGCUGUAACAAUGGAAUAAACGAGGAACGCGAUGUAAUUGUGAA